AGCUGUAGUGUAGCUUUACAUGGUAACACGACCUGACUUAGCUAACUUAGUUAGCUUAAAACCACUAACUAGUACUGUUCAACUUCUUGUGGUGAACAAACAAUACUUUAAUAGCAGCAAUGUCUUGGAACUGGAACAGCCAUGGACUGCCAUUUUUACCGGGAUACACUUUUCGGGAUGUAACGAAGUCAGCCUUCCAUCGUCCCCAGACACUUGGCUAUAAGAAUGGCUUUGCUCUGCCCGGUCGCCCCACUGUGGGCAUUGGACAGGCUCCUCUUUUAUCAGAGCAGUUGAUCCAGCAGGAGAUCAGUGAGCUGUCGUUUGAGACACCAGACAUUAUUUACGGCUCCCUUGACCAGAGCAUGGAGAAAGAAUUCAUCCCAGCUCAUGUGGCUCUUGACAAGAAGGUGCUGCGUUUCUAUGGAUACUUUCUAGAAAAUAUCCAGUUUUCCCCUGAAGAGGAGUGCCGCGUGCGCCCUGUGGUCAUUUACUACUACCUGGAGGAUGACAGCAUGUGCAUCAUUGAGCCCAUGGUGGAGAAUUCUGGGAUACCACAGGGGAAACGGAUCAAACGCCAGCGUUUGCCCAAGAAUGAAUUUGGAGAGCAUUACCAGUGGAAAGAGCUCAAUGUUGGCAUGGACCUGGAGGUGUACGGGGUCAAGUACCACAUCACACAGUGUGAUGCUUUCACAAAGGAGUUCAUGGAAAGUGAGGGCAUUGUUGUGAACGACCCUGAGCCGAUGCCUGUGGACCCUUACAGCCAACGUCGCAUACAGCCUCAGCCUUCCUACACAACACCCUCCGAAUUUGACUGCAUGCACCAGUUUCUCACCAUGGAUCGUAAGGUGCUGCGUUUCUUUGCCCUGUGGGAUGACAGUGACUCUCUGUUCGGGGACACCAGGCCUGUUACCAUCCAGUAUUUCCUGGUGGACGACACGGUAGAGAUCAGAGAGGUCCACGAACCCAACAGCGGCCGGGAUCCCUUUCCUGUCCUGAUGCGCAGGCAGAAGCUGCCCAAGAAGAUCAAACCAGAGUCCGAGACAUUUCCCAGCUGCGUGCUAGAGGUUUCAAAACAGGAAGUAGAUGAGUACUACUCCCCCAAAGACUUCAAGGUGGGACAAACGAUGACGUUGCUGGGCCGUCGCUUCCUGCUGUAUGACUGUGAUGGCUUCACUAAAGAGUAUUAUCAAAAGAACCACCCUGAUGUGGAGAUCAAACCUUCAGAGGUUCCAAAAAAGACUGACCUGCUUCAGGAGACCAAGAAGGAGGUUCCCCCCUAUAAUGGUUUUGGCUCACUUGAAGACUCUCUGCAGAACUGUUUGUCUUUAAUUCCCGAGCCUCCCAAAAAGAAUGUGCUAAAGAUGCUAGAAAACGACCACAAAGUGUUGCGCUACAGUGCCAGGCUGGACUCCCAGAAUCCUGAAGAUGAGUGCCGACGUUUCAUACUGUCCUACUUCCUGUCCAAUGACAUGAUCAGUAUUUUUGAAAAGCCCACUCGCAACUCUGGUAUCAUCGGUGGCAAGUUCCUGGAAAAGACACGCAUCCCCAAACCGGGCUCUACGAUGGACAAGCCUGAGUUCUACUCACCUGCAGACUUUGCUAUUGGAGCCACUGUGGAGGUUUUCAGCCACCGCUUUGUGCUGACUGAUGCUGACCACUACGUGCUGACGUACCUGGAGUCCAACGCAAGCCAGAUCCCUUGUCAGACACUGGAUUCUUUGCACCAGAAGCUGGGUGUGAAGACAGCAAAUAACCAGCCAGCUGACCAAAAUGGGUCGGGUCACGGGCCAAGCAGAGCACCCCAGAUGUCCCCCUCCCCAGCAAUGCUUUCCAGCUCCUCCUGGGGGUCCCCAAGGUGUUCCUAGGCCAAACAAUUUCCAAAAAGUUCCUUGGAAUUUGGUAGUAAUUAUGGGGAACAUAGAGACAGUGUUGAAUUUGUACACUAGAAAUUAUGUAUUUCAAAUUAAUUUCAGCUUAAACUAGAGAGUCUUUCAGUCGGUGUACAUAUAAUCCAACAUGGAGGAUAUUGUUUCCUAUUAUAAAUUAAUAAUGAAUGGAUAUUUACUUGGGGAUAAAGUAACUCAAAAUAGUACCAAGUUAUACAUAUAUCUUUUACAGGAAAAUUCCUAAGAAAAUAUGGUGCAGUAAAAUAAAGGGUUACCCUCAUUCUAGGCUGUUAUUAUAGUAUAUAUAUUUUAUACAGUAACUUUUUAUGUAUUUCACUCUUGACAGUAUAAACACAGUAUAGCAGGACCUCUGUGUGUGACAUUAGCUACGCCUCCUCUUGUGACUGACUGCUGCAUUG